CUCGGGGAGCCGCCUCCAGCGCCCCGCGCCCUGCGCCGCCGCCGCGCCUCCGGCUCGCUUCCUCCGGGUUCCCAGCCCCGGGUGCUGAGGCUCCGGUCUAUAAAUAGCAGGUUACAGCUCCCGCUGGCGCGCACAAGCUCUCCCGCGAACGCCGGAAAGUCAGGCUCAAAGUGUCUGCUGCUGCCGCUGCCGCCCCCUACUCCGCCUCCGGGAGAGGAUAAGGGGGAACCACAAGGAAGAAUGUAGAAGCUCAGGAAUAACAGCAACAGGGCUGUUGGAGAGGGAGAGGUUACUGGAAACUGGAAGAAGAGAGGGUUGUGUAGUACAGGAGCGGUAACCCUCUGUCAAGAGUUACUGUGAGGACCUUCUGGUUUGCCUGUGACUUUAUUACAUUUGAUGAUUGGGCUUGAAGACUUCUCUUCAUGUGGAGCAGAUAAAAUGGCCUUAACUUCUGCUAAUAUUCAGAGCAGACAACACCUGAAUAUAUGGAAAAGCACUUUAAGUGCGGAGAGGUAGCAGGCUAGGGUGAAAUCUGUCUUUAUCAGUGUUGCACGGCUUUUAUGCUAACAGCACGGGACUGGGUUGUGUCUAUAAGAUCCUUCCCACAGAGAAAGAGUCUGGAGAACAAGCUCCUGCUGGGUAGAGGCGAACCAAAGACUGACCCUUGACCUAAAGAACUGGUUUUUCCAAACAAGUGGUGACUGACCUUGAAAACAAGUGACUAUUAGAAGCAGUCACACAGGACCUGAUUUGUGUUCUACAGCCAGCCUUGCAAACAAUGGCGGGGCUGCUGACUUUGGGAGUCACAGAUCGUACAGGAAGUUACCGAUAGUCUGUGGACAAAGAGAUGCUGCUGCAAAUUUCAGGAGCUGCAAAGAUGAGAAGUUGGAUUAUCAGUGCUCACAUUAAAGUAAUUCUGGUAACCGUAUCCCCUCUUGGAAAAGUGCUAAGGCUUCUAGAAGUCAGAAGAAAGAAAAUAAGGAGGGAAAACAAAGCAAAGCCAAGACAUUUGGUGAUGAAGCAACUCUCAAGGCUUAGAGAAUCGGAAAGUGCAAUAUCUUCUCCAUCGAAACCACAGCUGAGGGGAGCAGUACUUCCGGGCAAUGUAGGACAGGCACAAUCCUGAAACGCCAAACCCUUUAUCCACUGUCAAGGCUAAAUCACCACAGAACCCAAAGAAAUGGUGUCACCUGGCAAGAGAUCUGCUAUCCUUUAUGAAAAAUCAGACCAAGAGCUCUGAAAUCGGCAAGGCACUCCUCAAAGAGCAGAACUGUUUGAGGAAUACAACAAGAAAGCAGAAUUUCAGAGUGGGAUAUCAGGACUUUAGUGUGAAGAUACAUCUAUAUUAAACCAGGAAUCAUUGGCAGUGACAUUUGGGCACAAAUAUUUGGAAGAUUUAAAGAACUGUGAAGGUUGAUCAUGGAAAUCAAAGAGGAAGGAGCAUCAGAAGAAGGCCAGAACUUUCUGCCCACACCCCAGGCAAAUGAUACUGGGGACUUUCAGUUCACAAGUAUUCAGAAGACUCCAAAUGAACCUCAGCUGGAAUUCAUCCUUGCAUGCAAGGAUCUUGUGGCUCCUGUGCGUGAUCGGAAGCUGAAUACACUGGUGCAGAUCUCAGUAAUCCACCCAGCGGAGCAGGGUCUGACAAGAUACUCCAGCACGGAAAUUGUGGAGGGAACAAGAGACCCACUGUUCUUGACUGGUGUCACAUUCCCAUCUGAGUAUCCCAUCUAUGAGGAGACCAAAAUAAAACUAACAGUCUAUGAUGUCAAGGAUAAGUCUUAUGACACUGUUAGAACCAGUGUCCUCCCUGAACAUAAGGAUCCCCCGCCAGAGGUUGGGCGAAGCUUUCUGGGCUAUGCCAGUUUUAAAGUCGGGGAUCUACUGAAGUCCAAGGAGCAAGUGCUGACCCUGAGCCUGAGAACUUCAGAUGGUGGCAAGGUUGUUGGCACCAUACAAGUCAGUGUCGUGAAGAUGGGGGAGAUUGAGGAUGGGGAAGCCGACCACAUCACGACAGAUGUGCAGGGACAAAAGUGUGCACUGGUAUGUGAAUGUACAGCCCCAGAAAGUGUGAGCAGAAAAGAUAACCUACCUUUUUUGAACGCAGUGUUAAAGAACCCAGUGUGUAAAUUAUAUAGAUUUCCCACAUCUGACAAUAAGUGGAUGCGAAUCCGGGAGCAGAUGUCAGAGAGCAUACUUUCUUUUCAUAUUCCUAAGGAAUUGAUCUCUCUUCAAAUCAAAGAAGAUUUGUGUAGAAACCAGGAGCUAAAAGAACUUGGUGAGCUUUCUCCACACUGGGACAAUCUACGAAAAAAUGUCCUUACUCACUGUGAUCAAAUGGUGAAUAUGUACCAAGACAUUCUGACAGAACUCAGCAAGGAAACAGGGUCCUCUUUCAAAUCAAGCAGCAGCAAAGGAGAGAAAACUUUAGAAUUUGUUCCGAUAAAUCUACAUCUGCAAAGAAUGCACGUACACAGCCCUCACUUGAAAGAUGCUCUCUACGAUGUCAUCACUGUGGGAGCCCCAGCUGCACAUUUUCAGGGAUUUAAGAAUGGUGGUCUUCGGAAACUACUCCAUAGAUUUGAAACGGAAAGAAGAAAUACUGGAUACCAGUUUAUUUACUAUUCACCUGAAAACACAGCCAAAGCAAAAGAAGUUCUCAGCAACAUCAGUCAACUACAACCUCUUAUAGCAACCCAUGCAGACCUACUGCUUAAUUCUGCCAGCCAGCAUUCUCCAGAGAGCUUGAAGAAUUCUUUAAAGAUGCUUUCAGAAAAAACAGAGCUUUUCGUACAUGCCUUCAAGGAUCAGCUGGUCAGAAGUGCCCUUUUGGCACUUUACACUGCCAGGCCAGGAGGUGUCCUUAAGAAGCCACCCUCUCCUAAGAACAGCACAGAGGAGAGCAGUUCCCAGGACCCACCCCCGCCGAUGAGAAGGCAGGACUCCAUACCGCAUCAUUCGGACUACGAUGAGGAAGAGUGGGAUAGGGUGUGGGCCCACGUGGGCAAGAGCCUGAACUGCAUUAUUGCUAUGGUGGAUAGACUGAUUGAAAGAGACGGCAGCGGUGAAGGAGACGAUGGCAGCGGCAAAGAUGGAGAAAAGGGCCCUUCUCUAGGAGACUCCGCCAUAACUCAUCCACAGGAGGACUGGUAUGAACAGUUGUAUCCCCUCAUCCUUACCCUGAAGGACUGCAUGGGAGAAGUGGUGAAUCGAGCCAAGCAGUCCCUGACGUUCGUGCUCCUUCAGGAGCUUGCCUACAGCCUUCCCCAAUGUUUGAUGCUGACGCUAAGAAGAGACGUCGUCUUCAGCCAAGCACUUGCUGGAUUGGUCUGUGGUUUUAUCAUCAAAUUGCACACAAGUUUGUAUGACCCUGGCUUCCUUGAGCAGCUUCACACGGUGGGAUUGAUAGUACAAUAUGAAGGACUGCUAAGUACAUAUAGUGAGGAAAUUGGAAUGCUGGAGGACAUGGCCGUUGGUAUUUCAGAUUUGAAGAAAGUCGCUUUUAAAAUAACUGAAGCCACAUCCAAUGAUGUCUUGCCAGUUAUAACAGGAAGGCGUGAACAUUAUGUGGUGGAGGUGAAGCUUCCAGGCAGAAUGUUUGAGUCCCUGCCUCUACAGAUUAAAGAAGGACAAUUGCUUCAUGUGUAUCCAGUACUUUUUAAUGUUGGAAUCAAUGAACAGCAAACUCUUGCUGAGAGGUUUGGAGAUGUCUCUUUGCAAGAAAGUAUUAAUCAGGAAAAUUUUGAACUUCUAAAAGAAUAUUACACGGUAUUUAUGGAAAAGAUGCCUCCUGAUUACAUUUCACAUUUUCAAGAACAAAAUGAUUUAAAAGGAUUACUAGAAAAUCUCCAUCAAAAUAUUCAAGCCAAAAAGAGAAAGAAUGUAGAAAUCAUGUGGCUGGCUGCAACGAUUUGUCGCAAACUAAAUGGCAUUCGUUUCACCUGUUGUAAAAGUGCCAAAGACAGGACGUCGAUGUCAGUGACGCUUGAACAAUGCUCAAUCUUGAGGGAUGAACACCAGUUACACAAGGACUUCUUUAUCCGAGCACUGGAUUGUAUGAGAAGAGAAGGCUGCCGCAUAGAAAAUGUACUGAAGAAUAUCAAAUGCAGGAAGUAUGCUUUCAACAUGCUACAGCUGAUGGCUUUCCCCAAGUACUACAGACCUCCAGAGGGGACUUAUGGAAAAGCUGACACCUAAGUUUACCAACAUGUAAAUAAACAGGAACACAAAUACGCUUCCGCUGGAUAAUCUCUACCUUUUUUACGCUUUCAUUGUCAUGAAUUUGUGGAGGGAGGUGAUCAGGGAUAGUUGCCCAAAUCUAGGAAUUACUUGAACUAGUUAUCAGCAUAUGACUCUGAAAGAAAUCCAUUAAACAAACCUUAAAUCAUAUCGCGUUUCUAGUUCUAAGCUUGUAUUGAUUCUCGCUGGUUGAGAUCAGCUCAGAAAGUGUACAUUUCAUUCAUGGGGUAUUUUAAUGAAAGACAUUCUGAGAAAACCUAGGUCACUACAGGGGACCUGGGGGUGAGUCAGAGAGUGGCAUUCUCCACUCCAAAGCUAUGACAGAGCGGAAAGGGAAGAGAGACUUUGAGAUAUUAUUCCAUAGCCUUUCUCACAAAUAACCUGAGAGCCCAUUUGUGGGCUUUAAAAAAUAUUUUUCUAGUUACUUGAAACUAGGGAGAGUUAACUCAUGAUUUUGACUACAGAAGCAGUUUAUGUGUGCUUGUAAGGACUUUUGUCAUCCAGUGGAGGUGUGACAGGUCCUCCUAAACACGUAGAUGGACAGUGUUAGUAAAGCAGUAAAAAUACUUUUCAAAAGCAUAGUAUCUUCUCAAAACUCUGAUUUAGGUUCGAUGGCCCCAUCAGCCUGAACUUUAUGUAGUCAAGUUCAUGAAAAACUGUAAAAUGUCUUUGAGGUGUUUUCUAGCAGUCAUCUUGGUACAGAACGUAGAUGGUGUAAGUAUGCAUUGUCUAGCAUAGAUUAGUAUACAUGAAUAAACCUUUUAAAACAUAGGCCACCAAAACAAUUAUUUCUCUUAAAUGGAAUUUCAAAUUUGCCCUUACGUAGUAAAAUAACACUGAAAGUUUUCCAAAACUCCAAAUCAGAAGUUGCCUAAGAGAUCAUCAUGUAUAACACCAUUAUAAAUGGCUAAAUUAAAGCACAAGGAAGAUAUACCCCCAAUUACCCAGCUAGAUAAUUUUAGAACCCUGGUUACAAUCUCUUCUUAUCUUCUUAGCUUGUGGCUUGUCUGUUCUCUAAAUUGCCACACUAAAUAUAUACAUGAAAAUUUGGGAAGAAUGCUAGUUAGUUAAAUAGAAAUUGGCAUUUAUUGCUGGAAUUGAAGCUUGGAGUAUAAGGGUCUGAACAAACGAGAUUUUUUUUCUCCAAAUUUUAAGAAUCUAUUCCUUUUCCUUUCUCAUCAGAGGAACAUGCCAUCCAGAGCAUAAAUCUCCCUUGGAAAUGCCAGAGGCCUGUUACACUGACACUUCUUAGCUGUGACCACAUCCAAUGGAUGAUCUUAGGGGCUUUCCAUAGCUGAUGUAAUAGCUCCUCCACGAAGUUGCCUGUUGAAAUAAGGAUUCCAAACAUAUCUCUAGGCUCAUAUUAGGUUUUUCAAAUUACUGCAUUUUAGAUAACCCUUUGGGGCUUUUAAUGCUAGAAUUAUCAAUCUGUUAUUUUAGUUAAGGACUUGUGGGCAUUAUACUUGAGGCAGGUGUCAAACUAUUUACAGCCUUUUUCAUAAAAAGAUGCCGUGUACCGUGGAUCUAUUCACGGACAGGUUUUCUUGGUGUUCUCCUUUAUGCCUCAUUCUUCAUUUCACUGAGUAAAUAUAACCUUUGAAUUGUUCAAUUUCAUUUGAAAAUGGUAGCAUUUGUGAUUAUUUUCAUUAUCCCACUGGAUUUAAGGUACAGAGGCGGGAAUGACAGAGGUUUCCUCGAAUAACUAUGAAGCCUCAUUCAGUAUAUCAAAUGGUAGUCUGAGUUCCAAGAUAACUUAAGUGAUUUAUCAUCUUGUAAAUAUUCUUAUAAACAAUAGUUUUUUGUUUGUAUUUUAAAAAAUGAAACCUCUUGACUCAAAUAUGGAAAAAAA